UAGGUACACUACACUACACUACACUACACUACACUACAAUACACUACAGUAAGGUACCACCAGCCACCUACAGUACCUUACUGUACCUACGGAAGUGAAGUAAAUUUACCUCAGCGAGCUCAGCUGGGUUGGUACCUGAUUAGCCUCCCACUCCCGCCUCUGACGUGCGCUUUCUAAGGUAUAAGUAAUGCCCAUUAUUUUGCCCAUGCAUGCAUGCCCUGCCCUGCCUGCAUGCUUUUCUCGUGCCUUGUCCUGUCUUGUCUUGCCCCGUGCUACCUGCCUGCCUGCCUGCAAGUUGCAAGCUAAGCUGCAGCACACACACCUUCUCCUUCUAUUUCCUUUUUGGAGAGCUCCAUCCUGAGGUAGGCCUUGCCUUCAAACCAUUUCUCCUCUCCUCUCCUCUCCUCUCCUCUCCUCUCCUCUUCCAUUCCCUACCUACACGUUCGUGGACAGGAACACUCUCCUUGGCGCUGCCAACAUCCACUGCGGCCUUCUUCCGGCAUCAAGCUUGUGCUGAGCUUUCCUAGUCCGUUGGAUUUGUUGACAGCCCUCUGCUCCCAACCGAUCCUGAACCAUUGCCGCCCAAGUCCCAGUGCAAAGCGUCACUUCGAUCCGUCAACAACAUGGUCCAGAUUAACCAUCAUGAAUAUUUGAGUGAGGAGGAGAAGCGUCUGAAAGAAGACCGAGAGCGCACGAAGUAUUGGAAAAAGUGGGGUCCCUAUGUGGCCGAGAGACAAUGGGCAACAGUCCGUGAAGAUUACAGCGCCGAUGGUGAUGCCUGGAGUCAUUUCCCGCACGAUCAUGCUCGAUCAAGAACAUUUCGGUGGGGUGAGGAUGGCAUUGCUGGUGUGUCGGAUACCCAUGGCUUGCAGAAUAUUGCCUUUGCCUUUUGGAAUGAGGAAGAUGAUUUCUUGAAGGAACGUCUUUUCGGCCUCUCCAAUCCGCAGGGCAACCAUGGCGAAAGCAUCAAAGAAGCACAUUUUCAUGUUGAUAACACUCCUACUCACUCGUAUAUGAAGCUCCUUUACAAAUAUCCACAAAAGAAGUUUCCCUACGAAGAUCUGAUCAAGGAAAAUGGAAAGCGAGGCAAGGAAGAACGAGAGUAUCAAAUUGUUGACACGGGUAUCUUUGAUGACGACAGAUACUGGGAUAUCGUUAUUGAAACUGCAAAGGAGACCGACGACCCAGAUGAGUUGCUGUUCCGAGUCACAGCAUGGAAUCGAGGUCCCGAGCCAGCACCAUUGCACAUUAUACCACAUGUUUGGUUCAGAAACACAUGGGCCUGGGGUUACGAGUCUGCAGAUAAGAAGCCUAAUAUCCACCAGGUUAGCGAGACAACUGCGCAGAGCAAGCACCACAAAUUGGGAGACCGGUAUUUCUCACUCUCUCCGUCUCCAGGAGUUGGACCCAGUGGACAAGAUGUUCUUCCAAAACUCAUUUUUACAGAGAAUGAUACCAACUAUGAGAAAUUGUACGACGGCAAGAACGAACAACCGUUUGUCAAGGAUGCCUUUCACAGAUACAUUGUGGAUGGUGAGAAGAAGGCAGUCAACCCUAAGCGGACCGGCACGAAAUCUGCAGCUUGGUUCAGUUUCGACGAGGCGGGGGGAGUCGCUCCUGGCGAGUGUGCCGUGGUGAGAUUCCGAAUCUCGAAGAAAUAUGAAGACUACGUCGAUGAGGAGUUGUUUGACGACAUAAUGGAGAAGCGGAAGGAGGAGGCCGAUGAGUUCUACCACCGCAUCAGUCCUCUCCCCAUGUCCGAAGACUUGCGUAACAUCCAACGACAGGCAUUCGCGGGAAUGAUGUGGACCAAGCAGUUCUAUCACUUCAUAUGGGACCAGUGGGCAAAUGGUGAUCCGAGCCAGCCUCCACCUCCUCCUGAGCGCAAAGCCGUCAGAAAUACAAACUGGAAACAUAUGCAUCUCGAUGAUAUUCUGUCCAUGCCAGAUUCGUGGGAAUAUCCCUUCUUCGCUGCAUGGGACUCCGCAUUCCACUGUAUCCCAUUGGCUAUGAUCGAUCCGGAUUUCGCUAAGAAGCAGUUGGAUUUAUUCACCAGAGAAUGGUAUAUGCACCCAAAUGGACAGCUGCCAGCCUACGAGUGGAAUUUCGGAGAUGUCAACCCUCCAGUGCAUGCGUGGGCCACUUUCAGAACCUUCAAGAUCGAGAGGAAGUUAUACGGCCGUCAAGAUCUUGAUUUCCUAGAACGGGUAUUCCAGAAGCUUUUGCUGAAUUUCACUUGGUGGGUAAAUCGCAAGGAUUUUGACGGAAAGAACGUAUUUGAAGGAGGUUUCCUCGGUCUCGACAACAUCGGUCUCUUCAACCGCUCCGAGCCUUUACCUACCGGAGGAGUUCUCGAACAAGCCGACAGCACUGGAUGGAUGGCAUUUUACUGUCUAUGCAUGUUGAACAUCUCGCUAGAGCUGGCCAAACAUCGACGAAUCUACGAAGAUAUUGCAUCGAAGUUUUUCGAGCACUUCAUGUUGAUCAGCGAUGCAAUGACCUACAAAGCUGGAGAGAACGAAAAGUCUCUGUGGAACGAAGAGGACGGCUUCUACUACGAUGCGAUAUCAUAUGGUGGCCCUUGGACCCAGCAACUUCCAGUCAGAUCGCUUGUUGGUUUAAUUCCACUUUACGCAACUUUAACAUUGGAGCCGGAGCUCGUCAAUAAGCUGCCAGCCUUCAAGAAGCGCGUUGAUUGGUUCAUUGAGAAUAGACAUGAUGUUGCUGAGCGUAACAUGGCUAGCAUACGAAAGAGGGGCAAAGACAACCGGAUCCUGCUGUCCCUUGUUAGCAAGGACCGCCUUGAGAAAAUCUUAAAGCGAAUGCUGGACGAGGAUGAGUUCUUUAGCGAUCAUGGAAUUCGAUCGCUUUCAAAGUUUCACAAGGAGCACCCCUACGCCAUGGAUGUCAACGGCCAAGAAUUCAAGGUCAGCUAUGUUCCGGGAGACUCGGACAGUGGCCUGUUUGGAGGCAAUAGUAACUGGAGAGGCCCCAUCUGGAUCUGUGUCAAUUUCUUGCUUGUCGAGUCUCUUCAGCGAUUCUAUAUGUUUUACGGUCCAUCUUUCGAGGUCGAGUGCCCAACUGGAUCAGGUGACAUGAUGCAUCUUGGCCGUGUAUCCGAGGAGAUUCAACAUCGACUUCAACAUCUCAUGGCCCGUGGAGAUGAUGGGCGUCGUGCCAUCAAUGAUGGCAAUGAUAUGCUUGAUUUCGAUCCAAAUUGGAAGGACAAUCUGUGGUUCUACGAGUUCUUCGACGGCGAUACUGGCCGUGGCUUAGGUGCUACACAUCAAUGUGGAUGGACUGGACUGCUGGCAAGAAUGAUUCAUGACACUGGUCUGAGUUGCCGUCUCCCUCAAACCCCCCGAACACCAUCCACAGGUAUGAACCACUACUUCGAUGAUGUUUUCACCCGCCAUGUCAUGCACAAAACCGAAAAGUCCGGCCGUCCGAACAUGCGACGGUCUUCGACUGCCCGAUCGAUUGCCGCACGAAGCGACUUCGACUUGGACGAUGUUCGUUCGAUCGGCAACUCAGUUGAAACUGACAACCCCGAAAGGGAGAGAGAACGCAGAGAGGCCGACAUCCACACGGCCAACUAUGUUUCUGAGCAGCUUGAGAGAGUCCGUAGCCACCAAUCAGCAGACUUUGAAGAGAAUGGUGAUGAGUACGAGGCUCAGCUUGAUGGUCAGUGA